GGAAGAAAAAGAACUUCUAAGUUUCACUUUAUUGCGAAAUUUUUUGGGGACGGUAAUCGCUUUUUAGUUCGGGGAGAAAAUGCUUUUACCAGCGGUCACGUCACCAAAUUUAGGUUUGAUGGCACAGUACAACCGAUGAGAAUUUCUGCAGAAGUUCUACCGAGCAUGAAAAAGCUAAAUUAUACUGUGGAGAUUUCAUAUGACCUAGAAGAAGGGGUUAAGACGGCACAUUGUACCUGCCCAAGGGGCAACGUGGCUUGCCAUCAUAUGGCUGCAGCAUUAUAUUAUGCUCAUUAUAAUGUAAGUGCUACUGACAUUGAGUGUCAGUGGAGUGCCCCAUCAAAAACAACACCACAAACAGAAGUCAUUAAGUUAGCUGAUGUUUACAAGCCGAAAUUAUCAAACUAUACGGCACUGUCUAGGUCCUCUACUGAGGACGAAAUUAUUCAGUUCCGUGCCGAAAUAGGCGUCACGAAUGUGGUGGGCUUCACUUGGCUCCUAAGACCAGAAGCAAGUGAAGAAGCCAGAAAAAUUAUUGCAGAUAUCGAAGAAAUUCUACAAAGCUUAGAAUACGUGCAGGCCAUAGACAAACAAAAGUUUCUUUUGGAGAAGUGCAGAAUAGAUGAGGCACGCAUUAAACUGGUUGAGGCGUGCACUCGGGGCCAACAUGUUAACGAAAAUUGGCAUGUAGCAAGGAAACAUCGUUUAACGGCCAGCAGGUUUGGCAUGGUACUAUCUGCUUGCAGUAGACGAAGAUUCCCACCCUCUUUAUUUAAAAAUUUGGCGGAAGGCUAUUCGCUUGACAGGGUUGCUGCUGUGCAGUGGGGUAAGACCCACGAGAAGACAGCGCUCAGAGAAUUUGAAGAAGCGACGAAUCUUAAAGUCCAAGAGACGGGAUUUUGGUUGGAAGAAUCAGGCUUUUUGGGAGCAAGUCCUGAUGGAUUAGUGGAAGAAGAUGGGAUUCUCGAAAUUAAAUGCCCAUAUAAAUAUAGGGACACUGACAGUUUGUCUGAAGCCCUGAAGGAUAAAAAAUAUUUUUAUUGGAGGGAUGAAAAUGAGGACAUUAAUCUUAACAGCAAUCACAAUUAUUACCACCAAGUACAGGGGCAAAUGCACAUCACUGGUCGAAGUAUCUGCUACUUUGUCGUGUGGACACCAAAGUGCACAGAGAUAUUUCAAAUUGAAAAAGAUCCGGGGUGGUCAGAAAAUAUCAAUAUUUUAAAAGAAUUUUAUCUUGACCAAUAUAUUUCCUUUAUUUCACAAUAAUAAACUGUAUAUAAAUA